UUUGCAACUUGCUCUCUUGCUCGACAUUGACGACAUUUCUUGAUUUAAGGUGUGGUGGUGAAUCGGAUAUUUCUAUGGAACAAUCAGCAAUUAAACAAGGAUUAUGAUUUGUUCCAAUAAGUCUUACUGCUGACUGAAAUAUAGAAAUAGCAUGUUUGGUGAACGCAAGUGCUUCAUCAGGAAUUUGGUCCAAGUACGAAAUUGGUACAGAAUUGGAAGGAGGAUCUGUUAUUUUGUCUCACCUUCAGUAGUUAGAUAGAAGAGGGAUCCAAUUCUGAAAACAUUCCUAGAGUUCUUUGAACGCAGAUCAGCACGCAAAUAUGAACUGCAGCUGUGAGGUGCAUGAAAGUAUCAAAUGGUUUCAGCUCGUGCUCUACAUUCCUGCUCUUAUCGUUGGAUUAAUACUCAAUGCAUUGGCCUUGCAAACAUACUGCUGCAAAUUUAAAAAAUGGACAGAAACGACAAUUUAUAUGACAAACCUAGCUAUUUCUGACCUUGUGGUGCUUGUUACUUUGCCUUUCAAGAUUUACAGUUAUCAAUACACUUAUGUUAAUAAGACUUCAUGUAUAGUGAUUAAAAUUCUGUACAGAAUCAAUAUAUGCAUCAGCAUAUUUAUUAUUACUUGCAUAAGUAUAGACAGGUACAUUGCAAUAAAAUAUCCAUUUAAGGCAAUGGUACUGAGAUCACCAACAAAAGCAGCAGUGGUAUCUGCUGUGGUCUGGAUUUUUACAAUUGUGUGGACCAUUAGUUUUUCAGUUGUGUAUCAUUUUUCACACAAUGAAACCAGUGGAACAGACUCAGACAUAACCUGCAUUGCAAAGGCAUACAGCAAAAGCGUUUAUGUUAUUCCAAAUUUAAUAUUACAUUUAGCUAUUCCACUGAUCAUUGUGGCUGUUUGCUCAUUCGGAAUUAUCAAAUCACUUCAGCAAAGAAACAUAUCAAACCCAGGAGGCUUGAACAUGAGGAAGACAAUGCGAAUCAUUGUUGCAAAUGCUGUAGUCUUUAUUGUUUGCUUUUUGCCUUUCAACAUAAUAGUUUUUGUUCAAGUUGUGAUGAGCCACAUGCAAGUGGAUUGUACUGUGCUGCGUCAGGUGUGCCCCUUCCAUCAAAUGACAGAAUGCAUAGCCAACAUCAACUGCUGCCUCGACGGAUUUUGCUUUUAUUUUGUUGCCACUGAAGCAUCUGAACUUUAUAAAAAUCAAAAUCAUCAGCCAAAUGGCACUGAUAAUGAUCAGAACAUGACAUUUCUCUCACUGUGGAGAUCUGACUAGUGGAAGAGCUGCCUACUUAGAGUUUAAUUCCUGAUGCAUAUAGAAUUGUCCUUGGAAACAUAUGCUAAGUUACGUAAUUGUAAUCUGCUGUUAUGCUUACAUUAUUUGAUUAUAAAACUCUGAAAACCUCAGAAACUUUUCCAACAAGCAUUCCUUCCCGGCUUUACAUCCUUUUAUUUACACUGAAUGACACGCUGACAGCUUGGUAUUUAAUAAAGAC